AUGAUCAGCCCCAAGAAACUAGCUAGAAUAACAAGGAACUGGCAGAAUCUAGCAGCACUAAGGCCAAAAAGGAUCGCGGUUCCAAGAGUCGCUGGUUGUGCAGACUUUUUUGGUAAGGGUUGCUUUGUGGUGUAUACUUGUGAUGAAAUACGGUUUGUGGUGCCAUUGGAUUAUCUCAAGAAUGAAAUAUUUAAAGAACUCUUGGAGAUAGCAGAGGAAGAGUACGGGUCGCAGAGAGAUGGGCCGAUUAAACUGCCAUUCAAAGCCACCUUCAUGCAAUACACAGUUUCUGUGUAUUGCAUGCAAUACACAGUUUCUUUGCCAAUCUAUUUUUCUCUGCUAGAAAAACAGAUGGGCAAAGACUUGGAGGAAGAAUUUCGCACAACUAUAACUUCUUGA